GGAAGGUGUCAUUGUGGCAACACUCGCUUCGUCCUACUUGCACCUUGAAAAUCUGGUAGUUCUGAUAUCGGCUAGUUUCUGUUAAAAAUUAAAAUGUUUUCAACAAUGUCUAAAGUUUCUGCAGGAAGAGUUAUUCUGAGGAAUUUCUCUUCAACAGCAAAGAGGCAGGCUAAAGUAGCUGUUCUUGGUGCAAGUGGUGGCAUUGGUCAGCCUAUGUCCUUACUCAUCAAACAAAGUCCUCUAGUUUCUCACCUUUCUUUAUAUGAUAUUGCCCACACUCCUGGUGUGGCAGCAGAUUUAAGUCACAUCAAUACUGGCGCUGCAGUUACUGGACAUAUGGGACCAGAGCAAUUAGAAGCUUGCUUAACUAAAUGUGAUGUUGUUGUGAUUCCUGCCGGUGUGCCUCGUAAACCAGGUAUGACAAGAGAUGAUUUGUUUAACACAAAUGCAUCUAUUGUUCGAGAUCUGGCUGCUGCUUGUGCAAAAUAUUGCCCCAAAGCUAUGAUUUGCAUCAUAUCUAACCCAGUAAAUUCAACUGUACCCAUUGCCUCUGAAGUAUUCAAGAAGCAUAAUGUAUAUGAUCCCAAGAGGAUAUUUGGUGUCACCACAUUAGAUGUUGUUCGAGCUAAUGCCUUCAUCGCUGAGGCAAAGGGACUAGAUCCAACUGAAGUUAACUGCCCAGUUAUUGGAGGACAUGCUGGAAUUACAAUCAUCCCCUUAAUUUCUCAGUGCAAGCCAUCUGUGUCAUUUGAUGCUGAUAAAUUAGAUGCUAUGACCAAAAGAAUCCAAGAAGCUGGCACUGAAGUUGUUAAAGCUAAAGCAGGAGCUGGUUCUGCUACACUUUCCAUGGCGUAUGCUGGGGCAAGAUUUACAUUUUCUUUAUUGAAUGCCAUGAAAGGAAAAAGUGGAGUAAUUGAAUGUGCAUACGUCAAAUCCAAUGAAACAGAAGCAUCAUAUUUUUCUACACCUUUGCACUUAGGGCCCAAUGGAGUGGAAAAGAAUUUAGGUUUAGGAAAACUCUCAGCAUAUGAAAAAGACUUGGUUGAGAAGGCUAUCCCUGAGCUGAAAGGCAACAUUAAGAAGGGAGAAGAAUUUGCACACAAGGCCUGAUCUCCUUUUUAUUAAAAAAUGAGAAUAACAUCUUCUAUGGUAAAUAAGUCUACUUAGAGGAGUUGUGUACAUAAUCGGUUCAAUAUAUGUCAACCUGGAAAUCAAUGUACUUUGAACAUAGUGAAAUAAAUAAAACCAUUUCAAAUUUA